AUGUUUUACAACAACGCCUCCAUGACCAACCUCUUGGGAUCAACCAUGCCCUACUUCCCCGAACCCAUCAUCUCGCCUCUCCCGGGACCCCAAACCAUCGACGAGUACGUCGAUGACGAUUACGUCCUCGUAUCACCAGUCCAACCCCCGUGCAGCGCAACUCCAACUAUCUAUUCUGAUAUUGGCACGACCCUCGCGGAUGCUGCUGGGUGGUGGAGUUGCCAUAACUGCGGUAACAUGAAUAACCCUGAUCUGGCGCCGGAACGAUGCUCGAAUUGUCCGCAUUAUAAGUGCGCGGACUGCUCCAACAACGUUCCACCACCUGUUGUGUAA